AUGAGUGAAUCUCUGAUGCAGUUCAACCUCGUUUGGAAUACUACCGGUAAAGAAAAUAUUAGUAUCAUCUGCAAAUAUUCUAAAAGAAAGCUUCUCAGAGGAGUUUGGUCGACUACUCCAAUGUACUGGACGAAAGAUCACGAUUUACUUUUAGUUAGAGAAGUGCUAACUGUUGAUCCGUAUAGCCAGCCGAAGGGAAGUAGGGAGAGAGCGAGACUGUGGGAAGAAAUUGCCUCAAACCUGAGUGCAGUGUCUGAGCCCCGUUUCUCAGUUUCUUUGAGGUCUGUAAGAGACCGUGUAAACCUGGUUCUAAUAAAGAAACACAAAAGAAAGGCUGCAGAAGAAAGCAAGGCCAGUGGAAUAGCAGUUGAUGAGCCUUCAGAGUUUGAUGCAGCAAUCGAAGAAAUAUGUGAGAAAGCUGAGGCUGCAGAGAGAGAUCAGCAAAUGAUAUCAGUGGAAAAAAAAGCCAGUGCAGAGAAAGAGAAAAAGCAAGUGGAGGAUAUUAGAGCCAAGGCUUUGGAGANUUUCCAGCGAAUGAGGGUUGAGGAUGCUAUCAUUCCACUGCAAAAUUCUGUGACUGUGUGCCUGGUAAAUGUAGUCGAUCAUGUAGUUGUUUAUCAUGCACAACACUGGAACAGGCUUCCCAAAGCGAGCUAUCAUGUCUGA